CAUGAGGCAUAAUAUGGGCUUCUGGACCUGCUUCUGGCCUUCCUCGCACCUGUUUCUCUCUCUUGUCGGAUAGUCGUCAGUCCCGUGUACUGUACAUAUAUAUCUAUACUAUAUACUAGUUUGGCUGUAGUUCACCGCUCACGGACCGCUGUGCAAGAAUGGCCUCCCAACUGUGUCCGUGGGAUACCCUGCCCUUCGAAAUAUGGAGUCGCAUCUUCUGUACUCUCGAAGAUCCUCUGAACUUCAGCCUCACCUGCCGACGAUUCUAUCGCAUUGCUGAAGACCCAAUGUCCAUGGCCAUGUGGCUCAUCCAUACUUACGGUCGACCAUUGGUCUUUUACAAAGCAUUCCAAUUCCACCGACAACUUCUAAGCCGGAAAGUUGCGGUACAGCUACGUCAUCUCGGUGCAAAGUUGCAACGCUUUCUGCUGCAAUACAUUGUGCGGCACCACGGCAAGCUUGUCCUUGCCGAUGACGCUGAAAAGGGGACACGUCGAAACGACCUCAGCGUUGGAGCAUAUGCGUUUUUUGUCGCGGAGGCAUAUCGACAAUAUGGCGAGGAGGCCGCCUUUGGAGAGGACGACGCGAGGAUCAUGGUAUCUGCACUUUUCGAGAAGAAUGACACCGUUGAAGCGCAAAAAUUGGUCGUCGAUUACUGCUUUGUGCCACUGCGGGCUUUCACCUCUCAAUGCGAGGAAAUCGUAUAUCGCACAUCCCGGCUGGACGUCACGCUUCUGGACCACAUGCUGGCAAACGGCCUGGAUCCAGCCGAUGUGAAUGAUGGAGUCUUACGACGGGCGAUAUCAGAACCGGAGGUGUCAGCUGGUAGCCUGAAGGCGUACCUGGAUCGCGGGUUCUUCCUCACGGAUAGCCUGAUAAACGCCGCGAUCCGCAAAUGUGAUCGGAAGACUCUGGACGCCUUACGACAACAUAUCCCAGCCACCAAAUUAAUGGACAUUGUGAGCAAGAUCUUCAUCGACAAUUUGGCCCCCGAUUUCAACUUCUCCAUCACCCUCGUCACGUUCCUUCAAGAACACUUUAAGAUCUCAGAGGCCGUCGCUGAAUGCGCGAUCCUGGAACCCUAUGCGCGGCAGUCCCGACAAGCUGUCAAACGACUCGAUGGCCCGCAACCAAAUGGAGACAGCGUUGCAUACUCCACGACGCGUACUACGUCCCUCUUCCCCACCCCACUCAUUGCACCUCUGCGAAUGACGCGAUGCUACCGACAGCAGAAACCUGCCAUCGCCUGGCGUUGGGUUCUGCGCACAUACGGACCAUCGCACCGAUUUUGUGAAUUCUGCUUCAGCGACGCAUUGCUGCGCAUGACACAUAGUGAUGGCGGACCACCACCUGCAUAUGAGUUCCUGGCCGCCGGCGUUCGUUUCCGGCCAUAUCACGCUCGGUAUCUGUCAGCCAUCGCUGCCGUAUCCAGCGGUUUCGCCAAGUUGGCUGCUCACGAUCUUCUGCAACGGUUGCGAUCACAUAUGUUUGAUGAUAUUACCGACUGCAAGCAAGUUGAUGAGAAUUCAAUGUCAGAGGACCCGUCAUCCGACAGUCUACGUAAAGCUUGGAUCGACGCUUUACGCGCCGAAGUCGAUCUGCUACGAAGUCUGCCAUCUACCACACCCCCUCCCGAAACGGAGAAUAAAUUCGAGCGAGACUCUCCAGUCUGGGCUGUUCGGAAACCUUCAGAUCCCGCGUUCCCCGCUGGGUGGUUCCUGCGCGAAGUCGAAGGCAUCUUGGCGGAGUUGGUCACCCUCGACAUCGUUUGAGUAUCUCGUUUGUGGUCUACUCGUGGUGGUCAACAUAUUCGGGGGACAAAACGGACUUCCCAUCGUCGACAAGGGUUUCAAGAACACCCGCAACACGAUCCACCUCCACUUGACCGUACGUCGCUCA